CGGAUCCGUCAACGUCAGGUAGUCAAAUCUGUAUUUUGUUUUGGUUUUUUGUACGUUACAGAUUCAUUUUGUACUUGCUAACAGCUUUUUCAUUUAGAAAAGUUCAUUUGCAUACAAGGAACAAAGUGCUACAAACAAGUUUUACUAGAUUCAUUAUUGACAACGUUGCAAAUAUGUCACUUGCUGAUCAGCUGAUCGCCUCAGUAGACGUCAAAGCGUGAUGGAUAUCCGUGAAAUAGGGUAUAUAUUGUGCAAACUAAAAUCUAACCUCAAUUGCGAAUUUGAUGAAUGUUGGUUUUUGGAUUGGACCCAGUUAUUUUUCUUAAUUGUAUCGGAUAAAUCAAGAUGGGGCAACAGAAAGUGUUAUUCGUAUGUCUAGGAAACAUAUGCCGGUCUCCCAUCGCCGAGGCUGUUUUUCAGCAUCUUGUGACGGAAAAGGGAUUAUCAGAUAAAUGGGAAGCAGACAGUGCCGCAAUAGGAGGUUGGCAUUCAGGAAGUCGUCCAGAUCCGCGUGCCACGCAGACCCUUAAGAAUCACAAAAUUGAUUAUAAUGGCAGGGCAAGACAGAUAGAGGAUGAAGAUUUCAGUACAUUUGACUACAUUUUUGGGAUGGAUGAAAACAAUGUUUCCAAUUUAAAGGGUCAAUGUCCUGGAGGUGCUAAGGCAAAGAUUCUAUUGCUUGGUGAUUUUGAUCCACAAGGUGACAGAAUAAUCAGGGAUCCAUAUUAUGACAAAGGAGCAGAAGGAUUCGAGAAAUGCUAUCAACAGUGCUUAAGGGCAUGCACAGCAUUUUUAGAGAAACAUUCGCAGUGAUCCAGAAGGAAUCUAUAUUCAUAUUAAGCCACUUUUAAUGAUAGUCAUUUUAACUUUUAUUUUUAUAGUGUCUAUUUUUUUAAUAUUGUUUAGAUAUAGAGUGGAUUAUUUAGGUCGUUUUUUGAUGAAAUAAAAUGUUUUAAACAAUGAC